ACUUCUCCUCUGAUUCCUCAAGUCGCGGCACAAACACUCCAACACACAAAAUGCCACUCACAAACCACAAAGUUUACCCAUUCAAAACGUAAGCCAAAGGGCCACAAUCUCUGCCAAAUGGAAUUAAAUAAAUAAAUGUAACCCCAACUGGCAAAUCAAAAAGCUUUAAUUCCCUGCAUCUGCAGCUUACAUAAAAAAACGCAAAAAAUCUCUGCACUAGCACACAGAUAAUAUCAUAAUAAUGAGCAGAUAGCUAUUCAUCCAAUCCACUUCAAGCCCUUAUCUUCUUCUUCACAGCGUACACACUGCCCCAUUUAAUAGUUUAAUACUCUUCAACCUCUUAUUGUUUGUUCCCUCGACCUUUCUAUAUUCUUUUAACAAUUUUUUUGGCUCCAUUCUUCACCAACCUCAUACUCUUUCCUGUGUAUACAUUAUAUAAUAAGGUUAAGAUUAACAACCCAAUUCCUAGAGAAUGAAAUCACACACUUGGUGAAGUUGAUAUUGGAUAAAACCCAGAUCUGAAAUUCCUUAUGUUUUAGUAUCUCAGGAUUAAAGCUCCAAUUUUGCUGCUCCUUUCCUGGAAUUGAACUGGUCUGUGCGGAAGAGAAGGUUUGGUUUUUCGUUGUUGAGUUUCUUUUCUUAUUAGCUUUUAUUUAUUUAUCGAUUGUUUGAUGAUUGGAGAUUACCAUAUAGACACUCUUGGAGUGGUUCAUUCGUUCGUUUAGUCACUUUCAGUUUCAUCACAUUGCGUAUGCUUUAGAAAGAUAAGAACGUUGGUUCUCCAAUUGGGUUUGUGCGUCAACUGUUAGAGUUGGUCUGUUGUGGAAUUUUAGAAUUGGGUGUAUGGUGUAUAUUAUUGCUGGGUGUUUGUGAAAGUUGGAAUCUUUGGAGGUUGGAAACCUUUUUGUUUGGCAAUGGAUUCGGGGGCACAUGAUCUGCAAGGUAGCAGUGAGGUUUUGGGUGCAGUUGAUCAAAAGACGACUGAGAAAUCAAGAAAUUCUGUUGUUUGGUCGGUUGUUGAAACUGUCAUUGUGAUUGAAUCAGAAGAGGGCGCUUGUGUUAUUGGAAAAAAUGAAGAUUUGGAAGCAUUGGGAAAGGAAUUGGGGUCCAAAAAAGCAGUGGUGGAAGGGCUUGAGAAACUGAAUGAUAAGGAGGCAUGCGACCAGCCUGGUAGUGGUGUGGUUCCUAGUGAAGUUGAGCAAGGAUAUAAUAAGAAUUCAAACAAUUUGGCUGAUGGGAAUGUUUCUGAGACUGUGGUGGUCAUUAAUUCGGAUGAGGCUGCCCGUGUUACUGGAGAUAAUGGAAGAUUGGUUACUAAGGUUGACGAAUUGGGGUCGAGUAAGGUAUCGGUGGAAGAAUCAAAGAAGAAGGUGCCUCAAGCAGAGAAAGAUUCACAUGUGAUUGAUGUGAGGUGUGGGAGUGGUAAAGGCUUUGGUGAUAAAUGGGAUGGGGAAAGGGUUUGUAGGAUUUGCCAUUUAAGUUCUGAACAAUCACCGGACAAAAAAAUUGAAACUGCUAAUAGUUCUACCCCUACGGAAUUAAUUCAUCUUGGUUGUGAGUGUAAAGAUGAGCUAGGUGUUGCACAUGGUCAUUGUGCCGAAGCAUGGUUUAAGCUAAAAGGAAACAGGACGUGCGAAAUCUGUGGUGAGACGGCAAACAAUGUCACUGGUCAUGGGGAUAGCAGAUUUAUGGAGGAGUGGAAUGAAGAAACGCUUUCUGGUAUUGAAAAUAACUCAUCGGACAGGAAUGGAGGAUGUUGGCGGGGACAGCCAUUUUGCAACUUUUUAAUGGCAUGUCUGGCUGCAUCCGUAGCAUGCGUCAUGUGGAAUCUUGCGACAUGUUGCCUUAAAUGGGAUUUUCUGGUCUUCCAUUCACUUGUAAACAUACUCUGUCGGUUUCUGCAUAUAAGCCCUGAAGAUUUGAGGUUUCAAAUGAGUAGAGUUGCCAUCUUGACAUCUUAGGAGCAGAGUGCAGUUAUUUGGUGUUUUCUUUCAGUGUGACUGGUGAUAUUCUUAUAUUCUUUUACUUUCUGGCGGGUUUUGGCAUAAUCUUUAACAUUUGUUGCUGGAAAAAAGAAGAAAAAAAAGGGGCUAGGACAUGAAAUUAGAAAGCGAAAAAGUUGUUCGUAUUCCUUGGAGCUACCUUUUGCCAUACGCCAUCUUUGUUGUAGACUCCAUUAUACAAGUGAAAACCCAUCCUUGGUUUUAUGUAUUUUGCUAAUAUUUUAGUGUUUGAUA